GCUUCCAUUGCACUCAUUUUACAGUAUUCGCUAUUCAUUCAUAUAUUAAUUUUGAGAGUUUCAUCGCUGGUUUCUUCUUCAAUACGUUCCCCUUUCAAUUCAUUCAGGAGAAAGGUCAAGUCGUGAAGCAAAACCAGAUUGAAAAGUACAAUCAAGACAUUGAUGAAUGUAAUAGAAGUUGAGAAAGGCUCUAAAUCCGUCAUAUGCAUCAAAAAAGACAACAAUUGGAAAACAAGAAAAGAAGAGGUAGUGUAAGUGCUAAAAGAACAAAUGUAUUAAAGAGGAGAUAUGUUAGUGUUAUUUUUGGAACAAUUUUUGGCUUCUUAAUUGGAGUGACAUUUCCUCCACUUUCAUUAAUCAAGCCAUUUGUUAAAGACUCUCUCAAUGCGGGUUCUAUUGCAGAUAGAACCGACUUGAUAACUAAUCAAAAUGUUCAGUAUUCUACAAAGAUUUGGGCUUCAUCAAACCCUAGGGGAGCAGAGAGGUUGCCUCCAAAACUUGUUGUCUCUGAGUCAGACUUGUUUCGUCGUCGAUUAUGUGGUGAACCAAGCGAGGACCUAGUUACUAGACCAAAGUAUUUGGCAGCAAUAAGUGUUGGUUAUAAGCAGAAGAAUAAUGUUGAUGAUAUUGUUAAAAAGUUUUCAAAAAAUUUUACUAUUCUUCUGUUUCACUAUGAUGACCAUACAACUGAAUGGGAUGAGUUUGAAUGGUCUAAGCUGGCAAUCCAUGUUACAGUGACUAAGCAAACAAAAUGGUGGUACGCAAAAAGAUUUCUACAUCCAGACAUUGUCUCUCCAUAUGAAUACAUUUUUAUAUGGGAUGAAGAUCUAGGCAUUGAGAAGUUUGAUGCUGAAGAAUAUAUCAAACUUGUCAAGAAACAUGGAUUGGAGAUUUCACAACCGGCAAUGGAGGGCAGUUCAUCAACGUGGAAAAUGUCUUGGAGGUUAAAUGAUCGUGAAGUUCAUAAGAAAGUUAUGGAAGAGAAGUCAGGAUUUUGUAAUGAUUCUCAUUUGCCUCCAUGUGCAGCAUUUGUGGAAAUCAUGGCUCCUGUUUUCUCUCGUGAAGCAUGGCGUUGUGUGUGGCACAUGCUUCAGAAUGACUUGGUGCAUGGUUGGGGCCUGGAUUUCACCUUUCGAAGAUGUGUUGCGCCCGCACAUGAGAAGAUCGGAGUGGUUGAUGCUCAGCCAGUUCUUCAUCGAAGAUUUCCUUCAAUUACGAAUGAGGGAAUGCCAGAGAAUGGGAUGCCUGGUUGGCUCAUGAUUCGAACAAGAUCUAUUGUGGAGUGGAAAAUGUUUGAAAAAAGGGUAGCAAAUGCAGAAGAAGCUUAUUACAAGUCAAAUGGGAUUGACCUUUACAACUUCACAGCCCUUAAGAAAGAAACAACAAUCAUUGACGAUUUGGAAAAAGAAGCAAAAUCAAUCAUGAACAAGUAUAUUAAGGAAGGAUCCUAGUCAUGUAUCCCAUUAAUAUAAUCCUACUUAUAUAUAUAAAUAUUCAAAAUAAAAUGCACAUUUUACGUUCUAGGAAAAGUAAGUGAAUGAAUAAUAGAUCAAUAAACAAACAAACAUUGUAAUCCCUGUUGUAGUGAUGUAUUAUUCAAACACAGUUUGAACCUUUAAACUCAUCAUCUUUUGUCAACAGCAGAUUUCUAUGGUACCUCUUCAAUUUUGGAGUGUACCAUACAUUUGCCUUUCUCACCCAA